ACGUAAGCAAUGAAAAGAAGACGUGUAUAAUAAUAGUUGGACCUUAUCAACUUGGAGAAUUUAAGAACGCAUGUAAUUGAGAUUGUCGCACCCAUUUCCUCUCAUUUCACAUUAUUGGGGAAUCAAAUCAAGCUCGAUGGAACGAUUCCGUGGGUACCUCGAAAGGCUCACGCUGAACGGCCGAUCUAAAGAGCGAAAGCUACCAGCGAUGCCAUCCCUUCCAGAUGAUCGGCCACAGCCCCUCGCAGCAAUAUCACCAUUGCCAACCGCCACGGCAAACAGCAAGUUCUUUAAAUCUCUACCAUCCGAGAUUCGACGUCGCAUUCUCAUCGAAGCAUUCGGCGAACGUAUACUACACCUAGAUUUACGCUUGGAGCACCCGUUAAAGAAAUACUCAAAGAAAGAUCGUGAACUUGUCAAACCGCGUCCUGAGCGACACGCAAACGCGCACCUGUUCCACCCAUCGUUACGUGAUACUACUAAAGCACAGGAAUGGACGUGGUGGAGCUGCGUCUGCCAUUCCCGCUUCCCGAACUGGAAUUUUAAUCAGGAUCCCCCUGGAGUUAAAAUAUUUGGCGAGGAGCCAGCGAAAGAUGGCUGUCGCGACCCUUUUAUGCUACCACGAUGCCUCUGCGUCCUCUAUCCUGGCCAUGCACCAGCCAAGUGCUUCAUUGGUGUUCAAGGCUGGCUGUUGGUUUGUAGACAGGCAUAUAUCGAAGGCGUCGAUGUGUUAUACUCCACGAAUCGAUUUCAUAUCGCCUAUGCCGAGCUCGCUAUUUGUCUUCCGCGGCUUCUGCCGAUGCAGCAUUUAUCGGCUAUCACAGCGGCUGAGUUAUCAUGGAAUCUAACUUUACCACCCAGUGAAUAUUUCCGGUGGGAUGCUGACGAUAAAGAUGGGCUACAAAGCUGUGAUCGACUCGCACUCUUGGCACGUCUGCCACAAAUCUUACCUAACCUACGCUAUCUAUACCUCUCUCUUCAAGAUGUUCUACGCAUGCGGCAACCUAUGCUAGCAAUUGGAGGACAUGAAAUGUAUGAAGAGAUAGAAGAGGUUCUACGAAAAGUUGACGCUAUGAUUGUACGAAUGUCGCAGCUUCAGGAGUGCCGCGUGGCCUUACCUUUGUCCCUGUACUCUACGCGCAAGCUCGUGGAAAAGGGUCGAGAUAUCGAUUGGCGUCGCGGAACAGACCUAGACCCCGAGACUCUAUGGAGAAAUAUCCCAACUUCAACUUCUGAUGCACCUACUGACCUCACUACCGUGAAUCAGUCCAUCAACGGUUAUUGGAUCGUCCAUGGUGUCGAGGAUAUGUACCCGCCGCCACUCCCUGAAGCGGUUUGAAGCUUGAGAUAUGGACGGUAGUAGUGAAUUACAUAAAUAGUAGAAUUAUUCGCUAUUUAUCAAGAGCAAUGCUAUAUUUACGACGACGUUGGCACUGGUGGCCCGCUAGAAAUAGUUGUUACAGGCCCUUCAAUUCCGAUACAAUACCAAGUAUCCAGCCAAAGACCCCCGCAGUCUGUUCCCAGCGCAGGGUUCCAAGCGUAAAAGUCGCUACGGUUACUUCAUUAGCACACAUCCAAGGCUUCUUAAGCGCUAAAUUAUACUUACUCGAGACUAAUUCCCGCCGAAUUAGCAAUGGCCCAGCAUCCGUCACCCGUCUGCGCCUUGUAGAAUCUCCUACAGCCGGAUACCAUACCCGCCUAUCGUUCCGUU